AUGCCUCUUAAAACUUAUUUCCCUGAUGAAGAGGUUUUAUUUAUUGGAGAGGAUAUUUUCGAAGAAUAUCCCAGGUGCAGAAUGUUUUUUGAUGGUGCUGUGAAUUCCAAAGGAGUCGGUGCUGGAGCAGUGUUGAUUUCAGAAUCAGGUCAACAUUAUCCUAUCUCAACAAAGUUCAGAUUCUUAUGCACAAAUAAUAUGGCGGAGUACGAGGCUUGUAUUCUUGGGCUUAGGAUGGCUGUUGACAUGAACAUACAAGAAUUGUUGGUUAUAGGUGAUUCCGACUUAUUGAUUCAUCAGGUUCAAGGCAAAUGGAGCACCAAUAAUGUGAGGAUACUUCCAUAUUUGUUGUGUGUGAAAGAAUUGUGCAAGAAAUUUGUCAAGAUAGAAUUUAAGCAUAUUCCUCGAGCUCAGAACGAGUUUGCAGAUGCGUUGGCAACACUGGCUUCUAUGAUUCAACAUCCAGACAAGAACUACAUAGAUCCAAUCAAGGUCAAUGUGCAGGAUCAGCCAUCCUAUUGUUUCCAUGUAGACGAAGAACCGGAUGGAGAACCUUGGUACUAUGGCAUUAAGAGGUAUCUCAGGGAAGGAGACUAUCCAGAAGGAGUAAACAAUGUUCAAAAGAGGACACUUCGGAGCCUCGCAAAUCAUUUUUUCCUUAGUGGAGAAAUCUUUUAUAGGAGGACUCCAGAUUUGGGAUUUUUAAGAUGUUAUAACUCUCAAGAGGCAAGCAAGUUGAUUGAAGAAAUACAUGGAGACUGCAUCCGUUUUGUGAGAAAAUGUCAUCAAUGUCAGAUUCAUGGUGAUUUGAUUCGAGUUCCACCAAAUGAGCUAAAUGUGACGAGUUCUCCUUGGCCCUUUGCAGCUUGGGGCAUGGAUGCCAUUGGCCCUAUUGAGCCAGCUGCCUCAAAUGGACACAGGUUCAUUCUGGUAGCUAUUAAUUACUUCACAAAGUGGAUAGAAACAUCUUCAUACAAGUCUGUGACAAAGAAGGUGGUGACAGAUUUUGUUCGCAAUAACAUCAUUUAUAGAUUUGGGAUCCCCGAGUCAAUUAUUACAGAUAAUGGAGCUAAUCUCAAUAGUGGCUUGAUGCAUGAGAUAUGCGAGAAGUUCAAAAGUAUUCAUCGCAAUUCCACUCCUUAUCGACCUCAGAUGAAUGGAGCAGUUGAGGCCGCCAACAAAAAUAUCAAGAGGAUAUUGCGGAAAAUGACUGAUAACUACAAACACUGGCAUGAGAGUUUGUCCUUUGCCCUUCUUGGCUACCGCACCACAAUCAGGACUUCGACUGGGGCAACACCUUAUCUUUUGGUUUAUAGAAUAGAAGCAGUGUUACCAAUGGAAGUUGAGAUACCAUCUCUAAGGAUCAUCCAAGAAGCUGAGUUAAUUGAUGCCAAGUGGACACAUAACCGGUAUGAACAAUUGAUGCUUAUUGAUGAAAAAAGAAUGAAUGCAGUUUGUCACGAACAACUUUAUCAACACAGGAUGGCUAAAGCUUUCAACAAGAAAGUAAGAUUGAGACAGUUUGAACCGGGACAGUUGGUGUUGAAGCGAAUAUUCCCGCACUAA